UGCGCUCGCACCUACACCGUCAAAGCAGACGACACUUGUGAUAUCAUUGGCCAGAAGACCUUGACUUCGACUUACCAGAUCCUAGCCUUCAACCUGCCUUCUGCUGGAACGGGCUGCUAUAGUCUCGAGACUGGUGCUGAGCUCUGCCUUGGCCGGUAUGGCUCGGACUGCCAAUUGGUGCAUCGCGCCACUACCUCUGACACCUGCUACUCAAUUGCAGCACAAUAUGGCAUUGAGGUUUCCAUGAUGGAGACGAACAACCCUUCGAUGGACUGCGAUCAGAUCUACGAUGGACUCAACCUCUGUGUGGCAUCAGGGGUGGUCAGACCG